AUGAAGUUUUAUGGAAGAUCAGACUUUUCCGUAUUUGCGAGUCCCGUUGUAUCAUCUGAUGAUACUAGUGUUCUCUAUAAUGUCUUGACUACAUUUGAUGACGAUACAAUGAUGUACAAUUACACACUUGUGAACGGAAUUGCUUAUUUACAGAGCAAACCGCGCAACAGCGACUCCAGUCCUCCAUCCGUUCAAUGUCUGCGUUCAGAACAAAGUGAUAUUCCACCAAUAAACUCGAUUGUGUCUGCUUUAAACGAUGCCGUGCCCGUGUCAAGUUUAUCUGGAAGUAUGGGUGAUACUAUCACAUGUGACAGUAAAAUUAUUUAUAAAGUGCUGGUGAACGGAUUCAAUUUUGCAGUGUGUGUUUCAAAGAAUUUAAGUUUUAAGAUGUAUGGAAGCGAUGUGGAUAUUGAGGUGGAGUAUCUUAACACUCGUGUGGAUAUUGUGGCCCCUAUACUUACACAGGGUAUUAUUGACAGUGAUUUCAAGUGCAUAGUUGACGUAUCGUCAAGUCCGGUUUCAUCGAUUGGAAGAUCAUUGCUUACCGGAAAGACCGUUCCAAAAAAUUCAAGGAAAUUGUUUUCCUUGAUGUCUUUCUUGUUUGAUGAAAAAACUUCGUGUUCGUGCAAGUCCACUCCGCGUCCGUGUAUUUUCAUUCAUGGUCUCAAUGUAAAGGGCGAGACGUCAAAAACUGUAAACUCGUUGCCGUAUUGGGGAGACAUUGCAAAGCAUGUACCAUGCUGCUUGUCGGUAAAGUUCGCACAUCUGGAUACGAUCAAAAAUUCUUGGACACAAAAGGAUCAACAGCAAAAAGCUUGCAGCUGCGCUCUUUCGGUGAGCAAAAGCAGUACGAACACCACCAUUAAGAACACGAUAAUUGUUACCCACUCAAUGGGAACUCUCAUUUUAGCUGGUGCUGUAGGCUAUGGCAGGUGCAAGGUGGAUUCAAGUUCAACAUGGGUGAGCACGGCAGCGCCUUUGCUAGGAAGCAUGGGCUCGGACUUUGUACAAAAAGCUUGUGCUGGUAAAUCUAACGUAAUACUUAAAGCACUCACAGAAUGGGAACACCAAUGCCCUCCGUCCAUUGGAAUGAAGUCGCUGUCGUACCAGGGCGGGUCUUAUAGCUCUUCUGAGCUUAAUGAAGCGUACAAGAUUGUGCAAGAGGUUUAUCGAACGAAUGUGUCAGCCGCAAUGUGCAGUGACAAUUUUUCGGGGCUUCUCACGUCGUAUCAAGCAAAAUUUUGGGUGCUUGGCGCAAUCCUUCCCCACAAAUCAAGCCAAAACGACGGUACGGUUGAGUAUAAGAGCUGCUCAUUGGGAGUUCCGGAAUCGAGUUUUAGGAACCACUACACAAGCCGCUUUUACCGAACUCAACUCAAUCAUUAUGAUAUGAAGUUUCGGGGUGGUGAUGCAAUUCUGAACAAGGCAAAGAUGCCGGUAAAAUGGCUCGAAUGUCUGCUGUAG